ACAGUUUCUGUCGUGCACUGAAGUUAGCUCGCUUAAGUCCUUUGCACUAAACACAAUUCAAUAGUAAAAUAAAAGAAAAAAAUGAAAAGUUUCAUCCUUUCGCUGUUCUUCGUGUUCAGCGUCGUAACAGCUGGAGUGACGAAUAAUCGCAACAUACUAAGAGAGUCUGGCCUACAAAGCAAUGUGAAUGAUGUUGCAAAUAACGGAGUUCAGCGCAUUUCUCAAAUGACACAUGAAGAGCUGCUGCACCAAAAGUUCCUGCUUGAUAUUCUCCAAGAUGUGAACGACCAAAAAGUCAGUGAGGACAUCGUGCAAGGCCCGGUCUCACAGUACGACCAACUUAUCAACGAUCAGACGCGCUAUAACGGGGUUAUCGACGAUCUCAUGGCUAACGUGUUGGAAUUAAGUCGCAAUCAACAGUUGUUGAGUAAAGCCGAGACUUUUACCAUCGCCAAUGACGAACAUGUGCGUCAAAUGGUUGGACUUUAUCGUGUACUCGUACGUUCGUGCGACUGGGAUACUCUCCAAAGGAAUUUAAUUCACGCCCGACUCCAUGUGAAUGGUGUUUUAUUGGUGAACUCGUUGCUGCUUGCCAUACGCGAUCGCGAGGACACACAAAAUUUAAUUAUGCCUGGCAUACAUGAGAUUUUGCCUGAGUUGUACCUUGAUGAGGAUGUACUACGUCGCGCUCAAGACAUUCACUUGAACCAAUUAAUUUCCACCAGUGAGACCGUGAGCAGAAAAACCCAACGCCCGAGUCUAUUCGAAAUGAUUGGUAUAAAUAAAUUGUGGAAUAGAAAUGCCAAUGGGGUGGAUACAUUGGACCGGAGGGAGCUGUGGAUGCCCUGGCGCGAAAUGCAUAAUGAGCUAGCGAUGCGUAGAAUCGGCGGCACAAGCGCGCAAAUGAAGAUCACAAGACGGAAUGAUGAUGAUCGCAUUGUUUUGCCGGUUACUCUCCCCUCGAGUAGUUUGCGCAAAGAAAAGGAGGCUCGAUUACUAACGAAAGACGUUGGACUCCAGUCUUUUCUGCAAAACUUGGUUAAUGAUUUGUGCUUGACACGAAAUGAAGCGACAUUAGAAAAUAGACAGCGCAGCAGUAGAGCACAAUUUGCGAGAGUUGGUUUGGAACGAAAUGUUGGUUCAAUGUUAGAGAGUGGCAUCCGCGUAAACCAACAACAAAUGGAAGAACAGCGCUUGAGAGACCGCACGGACGGACUUAUUAAUAAUGAACGUAUAAGUGGGGAUAAUGAUGUUAUUUCGAACCCAUCGAGGCGUCAAAGUGGUUCCACUGCAAACGAUAACAUUCGCAUUAGGAAUGAGAAUGUUUGGCGCAGUAAGAGUAUGAAGCAAAGUGAGGAACAACUGCCAACAACUACGGCUGACGAUGAACGUUUACUGCAUGUCAACCGGAAUCGUCAACGUGCUGCAGCCAUCAACCAAAUGCACUUUAGAGGCGAGCAAUCGAAUGAGGAAUGGAGUUCGGACAACAGCGCAGGAGUGAACGACCGUUGGGUACGCGUUGAUAUGGGUGAAGGCAGACGUACUAACUUCAUGAAUUCAAUCAUUGAUCCACAUGUGGGUUUGCAUAAUGAUUAUAAUGUCGUUGACGAAGAGCCUCAUAAAUCAGCACAGCACAUGGAUAUGGGCACUGGCAUGCCAAUGGAUUGGAACAGGCAAAUGGCAAUGCAUCGUCAGAGAGUAAGAAAAAUAAGCGAGAUUCAAGGAAUUAAUGGCCAGAACUGGAGAGAAGCUGAUCAGCGGAGAAGUGAUAUCGACUCAGACUUGCCAGACAUUGAUAUUAAAGAUGAACGUCUAUUGCACGUCGGUCGUAGAAGGCUGAACCAGUUACGUAAAUCAGACAAGCAAAACCAAAGUUCAGGUGAGGAUGAUCGCGAUGACGACGACGAAUCACAGCGACGGGAAAAUCAAUACUGGAGUGAACAUCAAGGCUGGUUGAACUCUAUGCAACAACAACAACGCAUAAGCAUGCAAGAAACAGUAAAUGAUGACCGAAUUAUGGCGCGUGGAAUGGGAAAUAUUGGUAUUGCUGUGGGCCAAGGAUAUAAUAGGCAAAGUGGCGUAGAACACAAUGAUGAAAACGUACGCAACAUUCUUACUGGACAAUGGGGAAACGAUCGAGCUCGCGGUGAGAUGAACCAGUGGGCGAACAAUGGAAAACGCCAGCAGGUUAACCGAUGGUACAACGAACGUGACGCGGAUAUGCAAGAUGUUAACCACAGAAUCGGCUCUGAUAUAUGGCGGCACCGCUCAGCCCGUAGUGUGCAUGGCGUUGAUGCUGUUUAUGCUGCGGGCCAAGAAGAACGAGUUGGGGAGCUAAUUUUGCACAAUCUUCAGCAGUUAGUGGCUCGUAUCAACAUGGAACAUAUCGCCUUGAAUAAUCAGGAUUAUACCACAUCACGCAUCAACAAUCCACGUCUCGCAAAUGCAGCAGACGAACGGUUGGCUCUGCGCCUCAAUGAACGACGUAUGAAUGCGCGUCAAAACCGGAUGCUGCUCGACAAAGUCUCCGAUAUUGAAAAUCGCUUGCAAGCGGUCAUUCGAAGUGUAGACGCCGAUCAAACCAAGGAUGGUGGUGAUGUUAAUCGCUUGAUUGGUGAUGUGCUCAUCGGCCGAGGAAUGGCCAAUGCAAAUGUAGAUCUCUUAAAUAUUUUGUCCGAAGUUAUCAGUCAAAAUGGGGGCUUACGUGGCGGCAUACAACAACUCAGCCAAAUUUCUAUAGACAUUGAAGAUCCAGUCGUUAUGCACUUGCUUCGCCGCAUAGUACACAUGGCCGAUGUACAGCGCCAACGGCAAUUGGGAGGCUAUCGUAGGGAAGAUCUUGAAAUGGACGGCAUAAAAAUCAAUGACGUUAAAGUUGAUAAGUUACGUACUUACGUUGACACUGACGAUGUGGAUCUCAUUAAUGCACUCGACGCAAGUGUCAUGCUCAAAGCAAAACGUAACAGCGUUCUUUCGCAACGCAUGAUUGUCGCUCGUCAACAGCGUCUCAACCACCAAACGUUCACCAUUAACAUUGAUGUCACCUCCGAUCGGAACCAACGUGCCGUUGUACGCACUCUUCUCGGCCCGAAAGAAGAUGUCAGUGAUGUGGCAAGCCAACUAAAUGAACAACGUCAGAAUUUCGUCUUAUUGGAUACGCAGAUCGUAGAUCUUCGCAGUGGCCGCAAUGUGAUCAAGCGUAAAUCACAAGAUAUCGACUGGACGGCACGUGAUACCACACCUCUCACCGAAAUCUAUAAACGUGUAAUGAACGCACUCAAUGGGCAACUAGAGAUUAGUAAGGAUAAGGUACAGGGACAAAAUUGUCACUUCCCUCAUCGUCUACUGCUGCCACGCGGUAGACCCGAAGGUCUGCCAAUGCAAAUUUUAGUCAUAAUAACACCCGUGGAGAGUGAAGGUGGUGAAGAGAUAGAGGAAGCUAACAGAGUUUGUGGUAUGGGAAUCAGUAAUCUGAAUUUGGAUAACCAACCUCUGGGCUUUCCGCUAGAUCGCCCCAUCGAUGAUGUGCAGCAGGCGAUGUCAUUACCCAAUGUGCGUUUAAUGGAUGUACAACUGUUUCACAGCAAACAGUUAGUUGCCGACGACUUCUUUUGAGCUUGGAGAUUAGGAAAACAAAAACACUCUUUUUUGUCCUCUGUCUUGAAAUAAUUGUGAUCUUUUUGAUAAUAAUAAAUUUUUAAUGUAUUUAGCAAAUUAAA